AAUACAAUUGACAUGUUUAAUCCAAGUUUAAUCACGCAACAACUGUCAAAUUUAAUAGAUAAACUCUAUUGGUUUGAAACAAUGAUUUUAAAUUAUAAUUUAUUUUUGAAUUUAAAAUUCAUAAUAUUGCUUUAUGUUUUUAAAGCAAAUGCGGUCGUUGUUCGCUCGGACAAUUUAUCACGAAACAAAAUACAUUACAUUGAUAACACUGCCGAAGAUAACCAUGUGAUAAACGAAAAAAAUUAUGGUAAAAUGAAUCAAACAGAAGAUGUGGAAGUAGAAAAUUGUACCAAUUAUAAUUAUGAUUACUUGGUUAAGGAAUAUGAUAACGAUGACAAAGAUGUUAUUGAAUCCAAUUGGAAUACAACAUACACUGAAAAUAGUCUCCCAUCGAAUUGCUCAGUCGAAGAACGAAGCAGUUGGAAGUCUAUCAGAUUUUCUUUAUACGACGUUUGGUCACGUAAGCAAACGAUGAUUCUAAGUCGUUUGUGGAAGAUCGUUAAAGUCUGGUUCGUUAUCUACCUGGUGGUUGCUGUGCCUUUAUGGUGUACUAGAGGAUGGUGCUGUUGUUGCCUAUUCUGCAAAUCUUUCAAACCAACUCAAACUAUCGACGAAGCGAAGAUGUUUCUCGAAGCAAAUCCUCCAGGAGUUCUCCAAGACAAGAAAGGAGGAAUCAUAUUUUAUGAGCCAACGAGUAACGAAAGAGAAUGUUAUGAAAAGUUCGGACACUUGAUUAGAACCAUAUAAUGAAAUUUUUUCAUGAUAAGUUAGAUCAUUUACCGUUUUUGGUUCGGUUCGGUCCUUCGGUUUGAGUUUUUGCAACUCAAAUUAAGACUGACUUGUAAUGUAAAUUCGCGGCGAGACAAGAGUUCGAAUGAUAGUCAGUCUCCAGCUUUAGCAAAUAUACGUAGAUUUUUGGAUAAAGAUAAAUACAAUAGUG